UUCCUCCUCACCACCACCAACCUCCCUCUUAUUCCUCCUCGCCUCCAUCCUCGGACAUCUCUGCGCAACUAAAUCGCUCAUCCAAUCCCACCUUCCAUGGCCGCCGCCGCCUCCGCCUCCCCUUAUCCCUAGCGCUGCAUCGGGGAAGCCGCCAUGAUGGGUUCUGCACACGCCGCCGGGAGGAGGCCGACCGUCGGAGAAUGAGGUGCAGCCCCGGGAGCGUUCCAUCUGCCGGUUGCCGGGCCAUGGCUGUCGUGGGCCGGGUAAAUCUGACGUCGCUGGGCAGCCGCCCCCGUCGAAUGCGGCCUUCAUACGCGCCGUUCUCCGAGCCCUUCACUGAAUGUCCGGCCCUGGACGCGCCGUCAUCCCCUUCCAGACAGGCGGCCUGCUGUGCAUAGCAGGCGCUCCGUCCAGCUUUCUCCUGCGAUCUUGUUUUCCGUUUCUUUCCGGUUCCUGUCUGCUGGUGCGUCUGUAGAUUCGUUUCUGUGUGAGGGUGAUCCGAAAUGGAAGUGUUUGGUGAUCGGGAUGAGGCGGCCGAUGCUGAAUACGUGGAGGUGGAUCCGACCGGGCGAUACAUGCGCUACAAUGAGGUCUUGGGAAGAGGAGCUUUCAAGACUGUUUACAAGGCAUUUGAUGAGGCUGAAGGUAUCGAAGUUGCAUGGAAUCAAGUCAACAUAGAUGAGGUGAUGCAGUGUCCAGAUAAUCUUGAGAGACUGUACUCAGAAGUUCAUCUACUGAAAUCCCUCAAGCAUGAAAAUGUAAUGAAGUUCUACAACUACUGGGUUGAUGAUCAAAAGAAGACAAUUAAUGUUAUUACGGAGUUGUUCACAUCUGGAAGUCUUAGGCAUUACCGUCGGAAGCAUCCACGCGUUGAUUUGAAGGCGAUAAAGAAUUGGGCAAGACAGAUUCUUCAUGGAUUAGACUACCUGCACAGCCAACAACCUCCUGUUAUCCACAGAGACCUGAAGUGUGAUAAUAUUUUUGUUAAUGGCAAUCAUGGAGAAGUUAAGAUUGGAGAUCUUGGGCUAGCUACAGUUAUGCAAACGCCUAAAGCAAGAAGUGUUAUUGGCACUCCUGAAUUCAUGGCACCUGAGCUAUAUGAUGAGAAUUAUGAUGAACUGGUUGAUAUCUACUCAUUCGGUAUGUGCAUGUUGGAGAUGUUCACACUUGAGUAUCCCUACUGUGAAUGUAAAAAUCCAGCUCAAAUCUUUAAGAAAGUAUCCAAGGGUGUGAAACCGGCUACCCUGUCUAAAAUUGCAAAUCCUGAAGUGAAGCAUUUCAUUGAGAAAUGUUUAGUUCCUGCUUCUCAGAGGUUGUCUGCAAAAGAACUAUUGCAAGACCCAUUUCUUUGCGCCAAUAAGGAAAAUAGCUUUGUUGACACUAUGGUUCCGUCAUCAACACCCAAAGCAGUAGAAAUCUCUCUGGAUUCUUUGCACAUGGACGUUGACACUCGCGAAUCAAUAUGUGCUAGCCCAUGCAAGAAAAAUGUUCUUAUUGCUCCACAUACAUCUGUGUUGGAGUUCACCAGAACUAACAGAAACACAGAACUAAAUCUGAAGGGCGAGAAACUUGAUGACAGUUCAGUCUCACUGGUUCUGCGAAUUGCUGAUUUGUGUGGGCAAGCAAGGAAUAUUCAUUUCCUCUUCUACCUGGAAUCUGACACGGCUAUGUCUGUUGCUUCUGAAAUGGUUGAACAGUUGGAGUUAGCGGACUGCGAUGUUACUUUCAUUGCUGAUUUUAUUGACCUUUUGAUAGUAAAUCUUGUUCCUGAAUGGAAACCAGCAGUAAGUCCAUAUAUGGAAUCUAAAAGAGGUGAAAGCGAUCAAGCAAUUAUCUCCCAACAGAACCUGCCAGCGAUGGCACCUGGUUAUGUGCUAGUUCAGAGUAUGAUGCAUUCUGAAGAUACCGGUCCAUUAUCGAGUAACUAUCUUGAUUCUGUAUCAAGUGCAACUAACCUAAGGGGACCAAAGGGCUCUGAAGGGUCGGACCUUUCUGUGCAGCUUGUUGGGAGUUCUGGAAGUCCAAGUUAUGAUGAGACCGAUGACACUGGGACUAUGCAUUGUGGUGGGUACAAAGAGGGAAUGGUUAAACUAGACCGUACGCAUGUAUUAGGUGACGGGUCAAGGAACAUUUCAAUUUUCCAAAUAGGUGAAGCAUCACCUGGUUCGGAGCUGUUAAGUGGUUGCUCUUCAAUUUCCAUUACUGAUAGUCAAGAUGCGCCAACUGGGGAUUUUGAUUUUAUUGAAGACCAGUACAAGCAUUGGUUUGAUGAAAUAGCAAAGAUACGGGAAGAAGCAAUGGAAGGAGGCCAGGAAAAGUUGUUACCAGAUAAUGAUGGUUAAAUUCAAGUAUUUUGUCUCAUCUGAACUUCAUAAAAAUGUUCAGAUGUUACUUCCUCAUGUUCUACAACUUUUUUUUUUUUUGCCUCGUAUAGAUGUAGGUUCUAAUAAUUAGUAGGAAAUGUUGGCAUUAAUGUAGAUUGGACUGUUGUGAAGUUGUUUAGAUAGCUUUGAAUA